AUGAAUAUACUGCAGCUGCUAACGUUUAGCAACGGCAUCAGUAUUUUUGAGAACUAUGCAUUCUUUCUUCUCCAGUCAAUGCCCCUCGUGAUGGUGCAACGCUUUAUCCUGAACCUCCGCCAGCUUAACCACGCCACAGGAAGCAGUAACUCAGAUGUGAAGCACUUCUCCCGCUUCUCUUUGCAUUUCAGAAUCCCCUCUGAUUGUCUCGGCAACAUCGGAGAGCCCCUGGAGCACGGGCAGCCGAAAAUGAUGCUAGAAGGUGGAGACCUUUCAGCAGAGAGUCUACAGGACCAACCGGACGAGGACCUCUUGCAGCAGACAUCCCAGCUCGCCGCUGAAUUGGCGGGAGCAUCAGUGCACGGCGCGUAA